AUUCCGUAAAACAAAAGUCAGUUUCAUCCAAUUUCCUACCAAAACUGGAUGUAAAAAAUUUGACAAAAAGGUUACAUUUCAAAAUCCGCCAUGAAAGUAGCUCCUCCAAAUUUCUCAGCAGAACCCUAAGGAAACAAAAGGCACACCCACCGCAGCCACAAUCUUCCAUGCCCAACCUCUACAACCACCACACUCUCCUCCCACUCAGACCCACUUCAUUUCAGCUGACGAAAUGGGCUCUCUCAUCCCAAUUAUAGACCUCAAUAACCUCCCUGAAUCCCCCGCCGGCUCCACCCCAAACACCGCCAACUCCGCCGUAGCCUUGAAAGUCCCCAAAAUCGAACCGAAGCUUGAACCUUUCGACGAACCACUCGAUACCCACCUGCCACAACUGCCUCCAGAACCCUUCAUUCCCACACCUACCCCCAACUCUCUCACUAAUUCCCAAAUUACCCCAUUCUCCGACCUGAACCACACCCCUGUAUCUGAAUCCUCCGCCGCACCUUCCGACCAGGAGAAUGUGUACUCGGAGUUCCAUCGAAUUUCCGAGCUUUUCCGGACAGCUUUUGCUAAAGGGCUCCAGAGUAUGGCCGACGGCGAGGUCGAAGUUUUGGACCCGGAUGCGCGAGCAAUUGUGCCGGUUCCUCAAGAAACCCAGUUAUCAGAGGCCGUCGUUGCGCGGCGGAAAUACCCCAAGCGGUCCUCCGAGCUCGUCCGGGUCACCGAUCUGAACAUCGAGGACCAGAGGUACUUCCGUGACGUGGUGAGGAAAACCCGAAUGCUAUAUGACUCGAUUCGAAUACUAUCAGUGGCAGCGGAGGAGAAGCGGAACCCGGGAAACGGGAAGCGAGUCCGAGGCGACUUGCAGGCCGCCACGGCGCUCAGGGAUCGUGGGUUGUGGCUCAAUCGCGAUAAAAGGAUCGUGGGUUCGAUUCCCGGGGUCUAUGUUGGCGAUCUCUUCUUUUUCCGCAUGGAGUUGUGUGUGGUUGGUUUACAUGGCCAAGUCCAAGCUGGGAUUGACUAUCUUCCGGCGAGCCAGAGCUCGAAUCAUGAGCCAAUUGCAACCAGCGUUAUCGUUUCGGGUGGCUACGAGGACGAUGAGGAUGCCGGCGAUGUGAUUAUCUACACCGGUCAUGGAGGACAGGACAAGUUUAAUAAGCAAUGUGCUCACCAGAAGCUGGAAGGUGGGAAUUUGGCAUUGGAGAGGAGCAUGCAUUAUGGUAUUGAAGUGAGAGUUAUCCGAGGAGUCAAAUGCCAAGGCGGUAUUUCGCAGAAGGUUUAUGUUUAUGAUGGCUUGUAUAGAAUAUUUGAUUGUUGGUUUGAUGUGGGCAAGUCGGGGUUUGGUGUUUAUAAGUUUAAACUUCUGAGAAUAGAAGGGCAAGGUGAGAUGGGUAGCGCUAUUCUUAAGUUUGCGGCUAGUCUUAGGACUAACCCCUUGUCUGUGAGGCAGUCAGGUUAUCUCAGUCUGGAUAUUUCUAAUAAGAAGGAGAAUGUUCCAGUUUUGCUUUUCAAUGACAUUGAUUCUGAUCAGGACCCCAUUUACUAUGAGUAUCUUGCGACAACUGUGUUUCCAACACAAGUGUUUCAUCAGUCUGGGAAGGGAACCGGGUGUGAUUGUAUUGACAGUUGUUUUGGUAAUUGCUUUUGUGCUAUGAAAAAUGGAGGUGAGUUUGCUUAUGAUGACAAUGGGUGUCUUUUGAGAGGGAAGCCUGUGGUUUUUGAGUGUGGGCCCUUCUGCCAUUGUCCCCCAAAUUGCCGGAAUCGUGUCACGCAAAAGGGUAUGAGAAAUAGACUGGAAGUGUUUAGGUCAAGGGAAACAGGUUGGGGAGUUAGGUCAUUGAACUUGAUACAUGCUGGUGCCUUUAUAUGUGAGUAUACAGGGGUUAUUCUCACUAGGGAAAUGGCUCAAAUAUUUGCAAUGAAUGGUGAUACCUUGGUUUAUCCACAUCGGUUUUCUGAUAGAUGGACUGAAUGGGGAGAUUUAUCUCAGAUAGAUCCUGGUUAUGUACGUCCAACUUAUCCUUCGAUCCCACCAUUGGAUUUUGCUAUGGAUGUAUCCAAAAUGAGAAAUGUUGCUUGUUAUAUGAGCCACAGUUCCACUCCGAAUGUUAUGGUGCAGUUUGUACUGUAUGAUCACAAUAAUGUGAUGUUUCCUCAUCUCAUGCUAUUUGCAAUGGAGAACAUCCCUCCUAUGAGGGAGUUGAGCCUUGAUUAUGGGGUGGCUACUGUGUCUGAGGCUGAUGAAUGGACAGGGAAACUUGCUAUCUGUAACUAAUUUUGAUGGGGUGCUGAUAUAUAAAUCAUGCAGACAGUUACAGGAGUAAGACAUACUGAGCUCAUGUUCAAACUUCGAUGUCGCAUUGUCACCUAUUUAUUGGUGCCAGGUGUGUGAUUCUUUGUGCGAUGAUAUACUCUAGUAAUCAUAUGGUGAAGCGUACUAUUAGGAGGAAGGGAAGGGGCCUUUAUUAUUUCUCUGUGAUGGAGGUGGCAUUCAGACUACAUGGUUGUGGUAUCUAGCUUCCUAAUUUUCUGGUCCAUGAAUGUUUCUUCACAAGUAGAUGCCGAAGUGUAAAUUUUUCAAUCAGAUUAUCCAAAAGCAUUGACGUGGCUCAUGUACAUGGCAAUUGAAGUCGCGAGCUGGUGAAAAACAGAAGUGAAAACUCGCUGACAGAGCCACCAUAUGCUGCUGUGAUGAUUUGCUCUGACAUUUUAGGCAUUUGCCUGUUUCGCGGACAUUUCGGACCAAGUCUUGAUACACGCAACUGAUAGUAGGCAUCUUUAGGUUCGGUAAGUUUGUAAGCACAAAUGUAGUAAUCUUCUCUACUUGUAGCGUUGUAUAUGUUAUCACAGACCGAAAUAGCUAAACUUUGUACAGAGUUGUAUAAUUAGUGCCUACCUGCAUCACGUAUGUUUGGAUAGAUCGGUUUUCUUUAAUUCCUUGAUUAAUUCAUUUGUAAUGGAACA